GUGCUGAGCCGGGCAGUAUACCGGCGUGGUUGGUGAGUGUGAGGCAGUGGGGCAGAAAUGUGACUGCAGGAGAGACUGUGAUAUUUCAUCACCAACACAGACGAUGAGAAGAGCAAGAAUCGCCAUUAAACCCAACAUCAGGCCUGGGGGUCGAAGUGUUACCGGUGGAGAGCAGUCGUCACAAGCCCCCACAGAUGGAGCCGUCACAGCUGAGAAAGCAGCCAGACCCUCACUCUCUCCCUCUCCCCAGCCGAGCCCACCGGAGGAAGGGCCGGCCCAGGCAGUGGGUGUUAAAAACACACCCACCUCACCUUCAGAGAAGGCCUCCACUGACCUAAGUAAUGGAGCGCCCUCCAGUGGCACCACUACCACCCCAGCUCCAGUUCCACAGAGAAGAAUGAGGAUCUCAGUCACUCCAAAACUUGCUGGACCCAAAGCCACAUCCACACCUCGACUGCCUACCAGAGUUCCUCGCUCUGUGCCGCCCACAUUACCCAAAGACGCACCUUUACCAGUGCCUAAUGCACAGUCUGAGACCCCAGCUCCUGACAAUCUGCCUGAACUCAACAUCUCAGGCUUCACAUCCCCCACAGAAGGACCCGGACAGUCUUCCCAUACACAUCCACCUUCUUCUCCAUGCCUUCCAUCAACCUCAUCAACCUCUGAUCUUUAUAAGCCUCUCGCCCAUGAGAAAAAGUCAUCAGUGGAGUCAUCCAGCUCUCCAUCCUCUCCACAGCCUGGACAAGUACCUCAGCAACCUCCACACGAGCCAGAACCUCACAAAUAUCCAACAUCAGGAUCCGAUAUGCCUUCUCCCGGCGGGAACCUCUCCUGCUGUGAUGUUCCAGGGUCUCCCCAGAAAGGAAAUGCAAAGGAAUCAGACAAAGAGAGGAUCCUGAGGGCCCUUAAACUGAAGGAACUGAUGAAGAUUGAACGGAGAAAAGAUAUUAAGAAGGAGAAAAGAGGGUCCCGACGAAAGCAAGAAUACAUUUCUGCAGACCGCAGUAAGAUGACCAUGGGUGACCUCAUCUACUACCUCCCUAACACCAGUCCUAUGAGGAAUUCCACUGUCUGUGAGGGGACUGAAGAAGAGAUUGUUGUUCCACCGUCUCCCAAGGUCCCAGAGAAAAAAGCUCCAGAGUGGGAGGAUGAGGAGGAAGAAGAGGAAGAGGGUGAGGAUGAGGGGAUGUUGAUGCCGAAGGUCAGAGUUGCAGAGGAUGGCUCCAUUGUUUUGGAUGAAGAGAGUCUGACUGUGCGAGUUCAGAGGACCUCUACAACCAAAGCGGUGGAGAACUCCAGCGCCCAGUUUGAACAAGGAUUUACCACAACCUACAGAAGCUUCAGAAACUGGACCCAUGUGAAGAGCUGGUCAGUUAGAGAAACAGACAUGUUCUUCUUGGCCAUCAGCAUGGUGGGGACUGAUUUUUCUCUCAUUGGUAUGCUGUUACCUCACCGUAGCCGCACAGAGAUUAAGAACAAAUUUAAAAAGGAGGAGAGAGCAAAUUCAUGGAGAAUUGACCAAGCAUUCAGAAACAAACGACCGUAUGACAGGGAGUUCUUCAGCUUUCUGCUGGAGAAGGUUUUGGCCAAAGACAAAGAAAAGGGAAAAUCUGUCAAAUUGGUGCUGAAUACACCCAAGAAACGCCAAAAAGCCAGAGGAAAGAAAGCUGCAAAGAGUAAAGAACAAUGCCUCACUGUUUUCAGUGAUGAUGAAGACUUUAACAUGGAGGAUGGAGACCAUAUGGAAGCAGAAAAGGAAAAUGAAGAUCUUCCUAAUGUGAAUGACGCUGAGGCGUCAGUCCCUGCCAAAAAGAAGCGCAAGCGUACAAGAACUGUUGGUGAGGGUACAGACAAGGAGGAUUGCUGUGAGGAUCAAGACAGCAAGAAAACAAAAAAGAGUAAACGAACCAAGAAGAGCAAAAAAGAAGUGCCCUCUCCUGAAGAUGAUUCUGAAGGUGUUCAUAUAGUCGACGACUCUGUUAGUGCUGAUAAAGAGAAUGAGCCUGACUUGAGUGCAUCUGCUCUUAAAAAGAAACGUAAACGCUCGAAGAAGACUGAAGAGGAGAAGCAGGAUGAAACACCAGUUGAAGGAAGCAAGAGCAAAAGAAGCAAAAAGUCCCUUAAAGUUAACGACAGCCUUGAAGAUACCACCAGUGCUAAUGCAGAAAGCAGCAUUGUGGAUGACGGUGACUCUGUGACGGUGACUCUGUGGCGUAGACGCUCUCAGAAAGCUGACCUGAAAGAAGACACGCCUUCCACUGAGAAAAGCAGCAGAAAGAAGAAGUCGCAGAAAGGAACAGUCACAAAUGAGAGACCUGCAGAAGAUGGAGAAGCCAAAGUAGCUGCAGAAGAUGGAGAAGCCAAAGUAGCUGCAGAAGAUGGAGAAGCCAAAGUAGCUGCAGAAGAUGGAGAAGCCAAAGUUGCUGCAGAAGAUGGAGAGGUUUCAGAAACGAAAAAAAUGGAUACCAUCAGUUCAGCUAAAGAGAAGGAUAAGGCUCCAAAAAGAUCUACCAAGCAACCUAAGAAACCAACACCUAAUUUAACUAAAAGGAGAGUUUUGAAGCCUUCUGAAUCAGAAACCACAGCCAAAACUGAUGAGAAGCUUCAAGAGAGUCAAAUUGAAGAGAACAGUGAAGCUGUUGUGGAGAGAGAGAGCAGGCCUUUAGACAUCGAUAAACUUGAGAAACAGGCGGUGGUUCCAGUGGAAAAGACUCCUCCAAGGAUUGCAAACCUGUCUAGCCCUUCUAAAGUCAGACACAAAAGCAAUGAAGAAUCUGAGGAUCCUCCUGCUCCUCCAGCUGACGGUGAGAGUUCCUCUGGCCAGCAGUUACGGAGGCGAAGAGCAGAAAGAGUGAAGCGCAGUUUGACAACUGAGGAAAAGAAGAAGAAGAAGAAGGGGAAAAGAAAAGCAGUGACGGAUCAGGAUGAGUCUGAGCAUGAUCUAGGAGCCUCAGCAGAGGAUAUGAGGAGUCCAACAGAUCUGCUGGAGGAAAUGGUUUCUCAAAGAUCUGAGGAGACAGAAGAUGGGAGCCUCUUGGACGAGAACCUGAUUGACUUCUCAUGUCUUCAUCAUUUAAACAGUCCAGUUUCCCAAAGAAAGCCAAUGGUGGUGUUAUCUCGUGAAGACGUGUCCAUGAUCCUUAAUGUUGAGAACCCAACAGAUGAAGAGGAUCCAUCUGUGAGUCCACUGGAUUUGUCUCUGAACACAGAGCUGUCCUUUCCUCUCCAGUGCAGCAAUCUUCUCAUGGAGGAGAAUGCUGAAGCAGCUCAGGUUAAGCCUGGGGUUGAUGAACACGAGAAUGCUCCUCAGGAAACACCAUCAAGUAGUUUUGCCUUGGAGGAGAAGCAAUAUGAAGACUUGGGACUAACAGAGCUUUUAUCGGGCUGGCCUGCUAACUCAACUACAGGAAACCUUCCCUCUUUGGCAUCAGAUGAUGUUCCAACAUCAGCAAAGGAUCUUAAAGGCUAUCCACAUGCCGCAGAUCUUGAGACCAUGCCUUCUAAGUAUUCCGUCUACACCAAAUCUGAAGCACCUGAGCCUCUUGAAGCUGUGAAACAAGGUGCUUCAAUGCCAUACCAAGGAACAAUGGUGCAAUCAAAUACCUGUAUGAUGGAAACCUCAGAAAUUAAAGAGCGAUCUCAAGAAUCUGUUGUGGCAACCUCUAAAGUCAUGACAAGAUCUCAAGGCUCGGUGAAGAUAACACCAGAAAUCAAGGAAGUACCUCAAGAGUCUUUUGUGGAAACCUCUAAAAUCAUUAUGAGAUCUCGAAGCUCUAUAACUGUAACACCGGGAGCCUCUGAAGCUUUGAAGAGCUCCCAGGAUUAUAAUCUGGAAAUACCAGAAAUUAAACAGGGAUCCCAGGAAUCUGUUUUGGCAACUUCUGAGGCUUUGAAGAGCUCCCAGGAUUAUAAACUGGAAAUGCCAGAAAUUAAACAGGGAUCCCAAGAGUCUACUUUGGCAACCUCUGAAGCUUUGAAGAGCUCCCAGGAUUAUAAUCUGGAAAUGCCAGAAAUUAAACAGGGAUCCCAGGAAUCUGUUUUGGCAACUUCUGAGGCUUUGAAGAGCUCCCAGGAUUAUAAACUGGAAAUGCCAGAAAUUAAACAGGGAUCCCAAGAGUCUACUUUGGCAACCUCUGAGGCUUUGAAGAGCUCCCAGGAUUAUAAACUGGAAAUGCCAGAAAUUAAACAGGGAUCCCAAGAAUCUGCUUUGGCAUCCCCCCUCUUGACGAGGUCAAGGGGCUCUGUAAAGCUAACACCAGCAAUCAAGGAAGCAUCUCAAGAGUCUGUUUUCCAGGGUUCUACACUGGAAACACCAGAAAUUAAAGAGGGUUCCCAAGAGUGUGUUAAGAAAUCAAUGGACUUGCAAGCAUCUUCACUGGCAACGUCACGAGGGUCUGUUGUGGCAACCACUGCAGUAAAGACUAUAUCAGAACAGGCUUCAGUGGCUGCGUAUUUGGGAAAUGAAAGUUCUCAAGAAGAAAAGAAACAAGCCAACAUGCCAAGUGCCUCCUCGUCUUCUCUACUUGGUCUCAGCUUAAAAAGGAGCAGGUUCACAAAGCCUAAGCCUAAUCUAUUUGCCGUGACCUCCAAAAUUAGGCACAGUUCUCCAAAACAAACAAUGUCCUCUGAGAAGAUCUUAUCUCAUAGCACUGAUGUGGACUGUGAUGUUGAACACUUGAGGAAGAAGAUAUCUUUCAAAGAACAAGAGAAGAAGGCUCAGCCGUGCUCUGUGAAUAUGGAAUCAGAAGAAACUCCUGUUAGUGCUUUAGUUCCUACUCAAAGUACUGAAGUGGAAAGCAAGCAAGUCUGCAGUGGAAAGCAAGCAACUGAUGUCUUUGAGCAGGAGCUUGUCCUCUCCAGUGUUUCCAGUUCUGAAAAAACACAUCUUGCGCCUAAAGAAACAGGAACCACUUGUGACGUGGAUAGGAGACCAUAUUGUUCACCUGAAGCAGAAGACCUCCAGAAGUUUUAUAGCUGCCCUCUUUCCACACAGUCUGCAGAACAGGAAACCACAGUGCAGAUGGUGGAUAACACUGAGGACAUUUGUACUCCUGCAAAAGUCAUCCAGCCAAGUGAACAUGGCAACAGUGGGGAGGAACCCACCUUCAUCUUGACUCUGUAUGAGAUCCCGGUCACUGAGGUCUACCCAGCUACAGCCACUAAUAACGACACUGUGAUGGUCCCACCUACUUUACCAUCUGAACCUGGCGGAGAACUUGCCCAACCAGCCAUAACACAAGACAAAUCUCAGCAAACCGUAAGACCUCAAGUAAAGAAUGAAGCCAGUGAAGAUGUGUCAGAUGCCUCAAAGGUUGAGAGUAAAGAAGAUCCAGAAUUGGUUCCACUGCAAACAGAAACAGAAGAUAUUCUAGAUGUUCCAAUAAAAGAAUCAAAGUCUGAGAGUGAAGAUGAUCCAGGAUUGGCCCCACUCGAGGGUAUGGAGCCUCAAUAUCAGAGCACACCAGUUCUAAUCCGGGUUUCAAAAUGCGUCGCCUCAAAGAGUAAAGUCGAUGCUUUACAGUGUAAGGAUGUUUCAAAAGAUGACACUCCAUAUGAAGAACCAAUAAAGGAGCAAAUGACAAAUAUUCCAAGAGCAUUACAUUCAACAGCAGUCCAGAGUGACUGUAAAACAACACUACCUGUGAAGAGAAGAGCCAAGAUUCAGGUGAAGCCCAGUCUGGUAGAGAGAAAGUCUGUUAGGAAGGAAUGCCCUAAACUGCCACAGACCAAUUCUCCAUCAUCAGCCGACCAAGAAACUGAGCUUAAGACAGAGGCUGAGACCUCAGCCAGGCGUGUCCGUAAAGACACUACAGUAAAACAUGACCUGGAGUCAAACACCAACAUCAAUAAAAGCCCCCUACCGACUGCCCACAAAGAGGACAACGAGAAGAGUGCUUUAAGUGUGAUGCCAACAACCACAGCUUCAUGUUUUGCUUCUCUGGAUUCUGAGGCAGCUGAAGCUGAGGACUGUGAGGGAGUUUCUCACAUGCUGUUGGCUGAUGUCUUUGUUCCAGUCUCUGAGGAGUUGGGUCAUGAUUUAAGUCAGGACUGGCAAGUACCUGGAGAAAGUCGUCUUCAUGAGGAGAAAGUCAGCCUUCCAAAUAUUCCAGAUGUUCAGUCUAAAAGAACUGAAAAGGAGGAAAAAACUAAGCAUGCAAAGCAAAGACGUGUCAAGACUGGCUCCACAAAAGCAGCAAAGAAACAGAAAGUAGACGUCUUGAACAUAAGUGCCACUGAAACGGUAGCAGGUCUCAAAGCCAAAGAGAAAUCAGAUUCUGAGACUACAGAAGAAGGCUUGCAGACACAGCCGAAGAUCAUGCCAUGCGCUGUAAAGGUCUCAAGAUGUACCGACUUCCAGCCAACUGAAACUGAAGGUGUUUCUCGGGUGUUUUUGCCUGACGUAUUAGUGCCUGUGUCUGAUGAAGAGAGGGAAGAUGCAAGUAUGGAUUUGAUGCAGUCAAAACAGACAGAACUUUUCAGUCCACCAUCAACUUCAUCGAAAAAGAAGUCGAUAUUGAAGGAGACCAAACCAAAAAGGAAAGAAUCCACUACAAGAAAGAAAGCUGGCAAAUUAAUGGGUAAGGUUCCAUUUACUAAACAAGAUGUCAAGCAAACCAAAUCUUCAGAAAGUGACGCACCUGAAUCAGAAGACAGUGGUUUAAAGCAUCAGCAAACUGCUCCGGGAAUGCGCCAGCUAAGGAUAACCUCUUGGGUGAAGCAGUCCGACCAGACUGGAACAAAACUAGAAGUACUAGACCUCUCGAAGACCUCCCGAAUAGAGACAUCAAGUUUACGAACCAAAGAUGUGGCUUCCUCUGAAAACGAAGACUCUGUUAAGAAAGAGGAGACCUGUGGAGAAGUUUCUCAGACUGUCCUACUUCCUGCGUCUGAGGACACUGCUGGGGAAUCAAGCACCAUCACCACCAAGACUUGUAAAGAGGAACCAUCAGUCUCACAGAAAAAUAAAGCACCCGUCACACGGAGAGCCAAGCUGCAGGUGAAGCCCACAAUACCAAAAACUCAAACACGCACUAAAGAUAAAGGUGACUCCUCAGAGAGUGAUCAACCCAAGUCAUCCCAGCCGCCCUCCUCACCCCUCCGGCAGCGCACCAGGGCAGCUUUAUUAAAGAAAGAGUUUGAGGAAACAUCUAAGAAUAAGCCAACAGAAGAUGCAUUUAAAUCAGGCAAAAAGAGUGCUAAAGUCGGCCAGCCUCGUGAAGAAGGACCUUCUUUUGAAGCAGGGGUUUUCUCAGGCUCCUCACCCCCGACUUCCUCAAAAGUAAGGGUCUGUACACGUACAUCCCCACCAGAAACUUCUCAACAGCUGAAGACCUCUCCUGGCAUAGCACCCAAAGAGGAUUCUCCCAAGUCUAGUGAUGACACUGAAGAUGAACCAUCCAGAGUAUCUCAGUUCUUCCUCUGUGAUAUCUUCACUGAAGUGGAGGAUGGGGACUAACUGAUAUACUAACAUAAACACUGUGAUUUAUACACCCUCCACCCCCCCACCCUACAUCAACAUAAACAGUUACCAAAGCAAGUGUUUCAGUAUGUUUAACUGAAGUAUUAUAUUUAAUAUUUUUAUUUGCCAUGAAAAUGCUGCAGUAUUAUUUUAAAGAUGGUCUAUAAUUACUAGAAGGUUCUGCUUAUUUCUGUUUAGUUACACUUGCUUCAUAUUUAUUUUGCUGUUAGAUAUUGGAAGCUUUUAUUUACAGUUGCCUUAUCGAUAUUAUUUUCUCUGUUGGUAAACAUUAUUAAACUAAAGUAUUACGGGUGAUUUAAUAUUGAAUGUAAUUGAAACAGGGACUGAUUUUUUGUUUCUUUUUCCUCAAAGUGCAAUGUGCCUAAUAUUUAUGACCAUGAAUGUGAAACUGUGGUUCCUUGUUAUGAAAAUUCCUUGUUGCCUUAUUUAUUUCUUGGUUAUUUAUUUUUAAACACUGCACUACUACAUGCAAUAUGUGGCACACUUAACUAAACAUUAAUUUCCUAACGCUUCACAUUUUCUCCAGUUUUAUUUUGUCACUAAAUAAUAAAUAAUGCAAUUUUUUGGCUUUUGGAAUCCAUUA